UUUUUUUUUACUGCUGAACCACCAUGUCAGCGACGACAACCGUCGUGGAAAAUACUGCUGAAGUCGCUCUGGGCCUUUCUGUGCCUCCUUUCACGCCACAUGCUAUCUCCGUUUCUUUACCUACAUGGCGAGACAAUGUCGGAUAUGAAGAGGGUGAAAAACGAGUUGUUGACCUGAUGGUAUCUGGAUACCCUAGAUUUUUCGUUCACCUGAGCAUCAGAAAGCUUGCCGGCAUAUGCGAACACAAAUUCGGCGCCCCCGGAGAAUCAUGCAUGCUAUUCCCCACACAUAAAACGGCAGAGCAUUGCCGUGGAUUCAUCCAGGCCCGUUCAGCUAUCGAGGGAACGCCUGUAUCUGCUCGGCUGAUUCAGUUCAUGAUAUGUCCGGAAGACAACACGGAUGCAGAACCCACGGGAAAAUGUGCUGAUCUUCACAUUGUGCUCUACCCGUCCUCUGCUGGACCCUUGGCCAAGCAGUUUUGGCAGCACACCGGCUUGGGUAUCUCCAGUCGACUGGCCGAUUAUUGUCUGUCUCUUCUCCCGGUGACAUCGCCAGAGUGUGUGUCCUCGCCCAUCUUGACACGUCCCGGGAAGGCCGUGAACAGGCACUAUUCUGCCAAAGGUUUUUCCAAACCCAAGGCCCCUCAAGCAGAGAGCCUGAGCCAGGAUCACAGUGUAUAUUUGGAAGAACGAUAUGGGCGCAAUCUUCCUUUUGCAUAUGCCGCAUCAGCGAAGAGGGCCCUUCGGAGGAGGAUAUCCGGUGUCCUACGGGAUGCGCCUUCUGAUAAUCACGAUGAACCGGCUGCUGGCCACGAAAACCUCAUUUUUGGGCCUAGUUCACGGGGGGUAUCAGAGGUCACGGAGGGAGACGUGUUUCUGUAUCCUACAGGCAUGUCGGCCAUUUGGAGUGCACACAUGCUGGCUCUAGCGGUCAGACCAAACGCCAAGAGCAUUUGCUUCGGGCAAGUACCUAUUCACUUCCCGUAUGCUGAUACCCUCAAAGUCCUAGAAAAAUGGGGCCCGGGAUGCUACUUUUUUGGCCAUGGACUCAACUCAGAUUUAGAUGCCCUCGAGGCCAUUCUAGAGGAAGAAGCAAAGCGUAACCUCUCCAAACCUCCAGUUUUGUCACUCUUCACGGAAUUUCCAUCCAACCCACUACUUCGCUCAGCCGACCUUCCGCGUAUCCACACGUUAGCCAAAAAGUACGACUUCUUGGUCGUCGUUGACGAGACGAUCGGUAACUUCAUGAACGUGGAAGUUCUCACCUACGCAGACAUCGUCGUCAGCAGUCUGACCAAAAUCUUCAGCGGUGCUGCGAAUGUGAUGGGUGGAAGUCUCACUUUAAAUCCACGCGGACGUCAUUACGCUGCACUCAAAGCCCAUCUGGAUGCCACAUACGAGGACGUCUACUUCGAACAAGACGCUGUAUUUUUGGAACGGAACUCGCGCGACUCCCUGAGAAGAAUCAGAGUCAUCGAUGAAAACACAGAGGCCGUGUGCAAUUUUCUUCGUGAACGCUCCAUUGCAGGGGGAGCCCCAGAAGGUACUUCUGUUGUGAAGGAGGUUUAUUAUCCUAAAUACGUCACUCCCGAGCUGUAUGAGAAGUGUCGUAUCAAAGGCGACCAACCUGGCGGUUACGGAGGACUUUUCUCUUUGACAUUCACGACAUCAGAAGCAUCUCAGGCAUUCUUUGACACUCUGCCAUUCUACAAAGGCCCAAGUCUGGGGACGAACUUUACGCUAGCCAGCCCCUACGUGGUUUUAGCUCAUUAUGCCGAGUUGGAUUGGGUGGCAAAGUAUGAUGUGGAUCCUGGCCUGGUCAGGAUUAGUGUGGGAAUGGAGGAUAAGCAUCACCUGCUAGAGUCCAUUGGCAAGGCCUUGAAAGCGGCGGAGGAGACUUUAACGUCUACCCGAUGAUAAUGAUUUUGGUUACAUAUUACUGAUUUGCAUGAUCCUCCAACAGGACAUAUUUUAUUUAGACAUCUAGGCAUUGUAUCCAACUACAACACAACUCGUAUGUAUCAAUAAUUGACGGUUCAAUAUACAGACGCCACAUGAAAGAAC